GCCUCAGCCACACAACUAUUGCAGCACUGCGAAAAUGAUGAUGCACCACGCAUCCUCGCGGGCAUGGCUCAGGUCUGCGCUGCACAUUGGCGACCGGCCGCCGCGCAGGCUUGACCUUCCUGUCUUUCUCUGCCCACUCUCAAGUUGCGUCCCCUCCACAGCAAGAGGCUUGGGAACAUCCCAACGAUUCGCUUCCCAGCGCCAGGCCUCAACCACGACGCUGGCCAAGUACAACAACAACUUCUUGCAGAACCGUCCCCCGAGACGGUGCAUGCACUUUCAGGCCAAGCAAGAAACGACUGUGACGCCCCCCUCAGAGCCUGGCCAUGCACCGUAUGCCGACGUACAUGCAGCCCUGCCAAAGCAGUGCACUGGCUGUGGUGCGCUCUCCCAGACGGUGCUUUCAAACCAGCCGGGAUACUACAGUCUGGACCGCAAGGCUGUCCGCAGGCACGUAGGGCUAGAGAAUCUCAAGGUCCAAGAGCCGGCCAAUACCGCAGAGGACGCCAUCCUGCAAAAUGUCAUCGACAAGGCCGACAAGUCUGAGCUAGAGAAACAAGGAGUCGACUUCGACGAGCUCAGCUCAGCCCUGAUGCAGUCUGAUCCACCGAGGACGGGCAAGCCCACCAAGCCGCCGUUGUGUGACAGAUGCCACUCGCUACUCCAUAACCGAGCUGGGACACCCAUCCUGCACCCAACAAUCGACUCUAUACACGACACCUUGCUCGACUCUCCUUACAAGUACAACCACGUUUACCAUGUGUUGGACGCUGCCGACUUCCCCAUGUCUCUCAUGCCCAAGAUCCAUCAGCUCCUGGACGUUAUGCCCCUGCGGACCCGGAAUCGUCGGUCUAGCGCUGGCCGUUUUCAGAAAGGUCAAAAGAUGGAGCUGAGCUUUGUGAUUACGCGGGCCGAUCUCCUUGCUCCGACAAAGCAACAAGCCGAUCGUCUACUGCCUUAUUUCCGCGAGGUCCUCCGUGAUGCUCUUGGCCGGGAUGGUCGUGACGUCCGCCUUGGCAACGUCUCGCUAGUCAGCGCGGUGCGUGGCUGGUGGACGAAGGAGGUCAGAGAGGACAUAUGGAAGCGCGGCGGUGCUGCAUGGCUCGUAGGCAAGGCCAACGUUGGCAAGAGUCAGCUAUUCGAGGCAGUCUUCCCCAAGGGCAGAAUGGAGUGGGAACCGAGCAGGCACCAAAUUGCUGUGGAUCUCUAUCCCGUAGGCAAGAAGGAAUCCCUAAUCAAGCCUUCGAAGAAGGAGGGCGAGCUUGAGGAUCCGGCCAUCGAGGAGUUGAAACAACAGUUGGAAGCAUUGGAAAAGCAGGAUGUGGACACCGACUCCAUGUUGACCCCGGCGCCCGAAGAGGUGCAGUACCCCGAGAUGCCACUGGUUUCUGACUUGCCAGGCACCACGGCUUCGCCCAUCCGCGUACCAUAUGGAAACGGGCGUGGCGAGGUCAUCGACCUUCCGGGGCUGGAGCGCAGCACCCUCGAACAGUACGUGCGGAAAGAGCACCGAUCGUCACUGGUUAUGCGCCACCGGAUCGUCCCAGAGCAGAUCGUCCUGAAGCCAGGCCAAUCCUUGAUCCUUGGCGGUGGUCUGAUUCGUAUAACGCCACAAGAGCCAUCGCCUAUCAUGCUUGCGUACAGUUUCACGCCUAUCCAGCCCCAUCUCACCGCAACUGAGAAAGCCAUCGGGCUCCAGGCUCAGACCAGCGAGGUCAAUGUCGAGAGUAUUGCAGUUGAGGGCACUGGCGAGACAGUCAAGCUCGCCAGAUCAGUCAAGCUGCAGUGGGAUGUCACGAGGGAGAAGACUGGCCCCUUGACGCGCAGGCAUGCCGUUGGGCUGUCUGUCGAUCGGCUGCCAUACCGUGUUCUGGCAGCGGAUAUCCUUGUGGACGGAGUUGGUUGGAUUGAGAUCACUGCUCAAGUGCGAACGAGAGAUUUGUACCAGCAAGAGGUCGUGUCCGAAGACGAGGUGAAGCCGGAAAGCGAGACAGUAUCAGAACCAGAGCCGGUACCAGAGCCCAAACUUUCAGCACUCGAGCGACUUGAAAAUAUCAACAAGCCAGUCAAGAAGCCGAAGAAGGAGUCGCCGCUACCGCCAAAGCCUGCUGGCGAACUGAACUGGCCUGUGGUCGAUGUCUUCAGCCCCGAAGGCAAGUACAUUUCCGUGCGGCGACCGAUGAAUGGCUGGGAGAUCAACAAGCCAAAGCACAAUCCGGCUUCAGACAAAUCGAGGCCACGAAAGAGCAUGAAGGGCAUGAAGAAGCUGGACAAGAAGCGUAGGCGAGAGCGAGAGGCUUCCCUGGCAUGAGGGCUAACCCUUACAUUCAUGUCGUAACAAGGUUUCACAUGUGCAAGAUUGGUCUUUGUAUAACAACAUUACUGUAUAACACCUAGAUCAGUUUAUAGAACAGAUACCCAUUGUAUUUUUGUCUAUUCUUUGUC